UGAAGUAUCUGAGGGAGGUGACACCGUACUUCAGGAAGGCGUCGAUCAUCCAGGAGGUGGGAUGGGAGUUGCAGCGCGGCUUUCUCAGCGCGACACCACCGCCCCCGAAAUCACCACCGCGAGCGGAUACGCGUUAUCUGCCGCUCCAACUCUGCAGACUAACCAGGGCUCAUCCUUCCUCGGAUCCCGAGGGUCGAAUCCUGGAACUUCAUUCCCCGGAUGGAGUGCACGAGUGCUGGUUGAGAGCCGCGGAUAACGCGGAGGCGAACGUGUGGUUCAACGCUCUGCACUCGGCUCUAGCAGCUCUCACACUGAAGGCGCUGCGACUGGCGUCCGCGCUUCCGGAUCCGCCGCAGCUUCAGCACAUCGGCUGGCUCGCGAGGAGACACUGUCUUCAGAACGGACGUGCCAGCAGCGAGAGCAGCGAGGACGGAGCCGGGAGCAGCGCGAGCACCUCGCGAGGAGCGGGUAGCGGGUUCGGCCUCGGGGGUGGAUGCACCGGGGGAUGGCGCAGCGUGUUCGGGGCCGUCUCGAGCAGGGAGCUCAGGCUGUACGAGUGCGCCCCUUGGAGCCCGGAAGCUUGGGCCUCGCCGAGCAUAACCUGUCAACUGAUCGCCACCAGAUUGGUAUCGUCCCCCGCGAGGCAGAACGAGGCAGGUGGUAGCAGCAGCGGCGGAGCGACGCAACACGCGGCGACUUUCGCCGUGCGGGUGGGCACGAUGGACGGCGUGGUGACGCAUCAUCUACGCGCCGAGACGAGGAGGGACCUGGCCGCCUGGGCCAGGGCGAUCGUUCAAGGCUGCCACGCGGCCGCUCAUUCGUUACGCGAGUACACCGUUCGGUGCACGUGGCAAGGGAAGGCCUGUCAGCUGGUUGUAAACCACGAAGAUGGUUUCGCGUUGUACGCGGCUGGGGCUAGAGGCGGUGGCAACGGGAUGAGUCCAAGCUCUUCCCCGACCCCUCUUUGGAGAAGAUCCUUCGAUAAACUGAAAAUGUCCGCUGACGAUGGGGCGCGUCUACUGUGGCUCGACUUUGGCGGCGAGGAUGGCGAGAUUGAGCUGGACCUCGAGAGCUGUCCCAAACCGAUCGUGUUCGUCCUCCACAACUUCCUCUCGGCCAAGAUCCACCGGCUCGGGCUGAGCGCAUAGGGGUACGAGGGGGCCCCCACGGAGGCCCCCGACCUGCCGCCCCACACCACCAGGUCCGUCACCAGCGUCUUCCUUCACUGAAGCUCUGCGCGCCAGACACAACGAGGAGGAAGAGAGAAGGGUGGCAGGCAGGAUACGAGAGAAGAACGAAGAACGAGAAACCCACGCAUCACUCGACGGACCAUAACAGAGAGACACGUUGGCCAGCUUCCACCUUUUUAUUUCCAUCCGGAGAUCGAUUCCCUAAUUCCUGUUAGGGGAUUAAAAAACUGCAGAUUAGCAACAAGCGCGCUCUUCCACAUUCGAUUCUACGAGCGAGAUGCGUUUAAUAAGGACGAAUCUCUCCUCGAUGGAAAAGACGGGAAGAGAAGAGUGUAUCAAACAAACGGAUGGCGAUCGAAGAGAGAGAGAGAGAGAGAGAAAACGAUCGAAGUUAUUCUAACGCGCAAUUUUGCAGGAAAGUAUCAGCACGUGCAACAAGUAGGCUAGAAGGAAGCGGAAGGAAGGUCACUGCUGGGUAUCGUAACUAAUCAACGCGCCUAAGUAACCGAUUAAACUUAUCUACCUAAAGUAAGAGGAAGAAAAAAAAACGCUAUGUAACGAACGAGAGAGAAAGAGAGAGAGAAAGAGAGAGAGUGAAUGGUGGGUGUAUUUAAGAGAAAGUGAAAAAA